AUGGAUCGACAAGUUAGAGGUAAAGAACGUGGGAGAUCAACUAGACAACACCCUGAGGUUAGUGGUGAUAGGGAACCUGAGGUCAAUCAAGACCAUGGUCAAGAGGGCGUGGCCGGAGACCCAGUGGCCACCGCGAUCAAUAGAAUAACUGAUGUCUUAGAGCGCAUGACUGAGUACCAAGCCCUUGGACCGGUGCAUCACCAAGGAGGCCCAAUCGAUACUGAGGAUCGGGCAUUAGAGAGAUUCUUGAAGUUUGGACCUCCCACGUUUUAUGGAGGACCAGAACCUGAGGUAACAGAAGGUUGGUGGGAGAGGAUUUCUGACAUUUUUACAGCUCUAAAUUAUGCGGAGGAGAGACAAGUGACUUUCGCAGCAUUCCAGUUUGAGGGAGCUGCUCGUUCCUGGGAGUUCAACGCCAAGUUUCUUCCCCCUUUCAUCCAAGAGAAAAGAGAGGAUGACUUCAUCAAGUGUAGGCAGGGGGCGGUGAGUGUCGCCGAAUAUGAGAUUCAAUUCACGAAACUGUCCCGUUUUGCUCCUGAAUUGGUAGCCACGGAGCAAAGGCGUAUAAGGAGAUUUGUGCAGGGACUAAACGUGGAGAUCCAGGAGGGAUUAGCUGCUGUUCGGAUAGACACCUUUGUUGAUGCAGUAGAGAGAGCUCAAAGGGUUGAAGUUGCCAAAGCUCAAGUAAAAUCUUUCCAGGCUAAGAAAAGAUUUGCCCCUAGCAGCAGUCGAGAGCUGACUUAUGCAAAUGCUCCACCGGCCGAAUUGGGUCGAGGAACGGGUGGAGUAAAUAGUCCUGGAGCACCACGAGGCGCUCUAGCGAGAGGAGUUGGGGCAAGAGGUGCCGGGGAAAGAGAUACCGGAGCUAGAGGAGGAUCAAAUGGAAGGGGUCAACCUAGGAAUGCCUCGCAAGGAGGUCGUGUGACAACCCCUCAGGUAACUUGUGGGUAUUGCAGGAAAACUGGUCAUACCGAGGACGGAUGCUGGAGGAAAGAAGGAAAGUGCUUGAGGUGCGGAAGUAGCGAGCACCGGAUUGCCGGUUGUCCGAAAACACAAGAAGGUGGUACCCCGAGUGCUAGACAAGCCACUUCUGGAGGAAGUAAGCCGAAGGUUCCUGCCAGGGUGUACGCCAUAAACGAUCAACCCGUACCUGAUUCCUCGAAAGUUGUGGAAGGUACUCUUCCAAUCUUUCACCGAUCAGCUAGAGUACUAAUUGAUCCUGGCGCAACUCAUUCAUUUGUGAAUCCAACUUUUAUGUCCGGAAUUGAUGUAAAACCUGUUAGAUUACCCUUUGAUCUUGAAGUUAGGACACCCAUGGGUAAUAAAAGCAUAAUCACUAGCCUGACCUAUAAGAACUGUGAAUUCUGGGUUGGAGAGCGUAGAAUGCUAGUAGAUCUAGUCAGUUUGGACAUAAAAUG